GCGAGUAGCCCCGCUGGAGCCAGUCACAGGGUCUGGGACGCAGUUGGGAGCGCAGAGGGCUGGCUGGACGCCACAGGCGGCAAGGAGCCCGCUGGGCCACGGCCUCCUGGGUGACAAGCCCUGCGUGUUGGAAGAAUGAUCCCAGAGCAGCGGAGAAGCGGACAGAUCUAGAUUAGGGGCUGCCUCACUCCUGUUACCUGAGCCCAGGGGACCAAGAAAUUUUGAGCAAUGGCUCCCCCGCCAUAAGGAAGACAUUUACUGUCCAGGGCAGCACCCUUGAACUGAAACAGCUCUGUGUGGAAGGGGGUCUUUGGAGCCUGGAACACUACCCCACCCUCCUUCCCAGAGGCCUCUAGGCUCCAGAGAGAGCCCCGAGUUAGAAGGGAGGCCCGGACAGCCCUUGCUGCCGCCCUGGGGAGAGAGGACAGUCCCUGCCUGCCCACAGGCCCAGGAAGAGCUGGGCCGAGCAACAGUGGGGAGCUGGCCCCCAAGGCCACAGUGGCCAUGUCAAGGCCAGGCCAGGGUGUGAUGGUGCCCGUGAACGGGCUGGGCUUCCCACCGCAGAACGUGGCCCGGGUGGUGGUGUGGGAGUGGCUGAACGAGCACAGCCGCUGGCGGCCCUACACGGCCACCGUGUGCCACCACAUUGAGAACGUGCUGAAGGAGGACGCCCGCGGCUCCGUGGUCCUGGGGCAGGUGGAUACUCAGCUGGUGCCCUACAUCAUCGACCUGCAGUCCAUGCACCAGUUUCGCCAGGACACAGGGACCAUGCGGCCCGUGCGGCGCAACUUCUACGACCCGUCGUCGGCGCCGGGGAAGGGCAUCGUGUGGGAGUGGGAGAAUGAUGGCGGCGCGUGGACGGCCUACGACAUGGACAUCUGCAUCACCAUCCAGAACGCCUACGAGAAGCAGCACCCGUGGCUCGACCUCUCGUCGCUCGGCUUCUGCUACCUCAUCUACUUCAACAGCAUGUCGCAGAUGAACCGCCAGACACGCCGGCGCCGCCGCCUGCGCCGCCGCCUGGACCUGGCCUACCCGCUCACCGUGGGCUCCAUCCCUAAGUCGCAGUCGUGGCCUGUGGGCGCCAGCUCGGGCCAGCCUUGCUCCUGCCAGCAGUGCCUGCUGGUCAACAGCACGCGUGCCGCCUCCAACGCCAUCUUGGCCUCCCAGCGCCGCAAGGCGCCCCCUGCCGCCCCGCCACCGCCGCCGCCACCCGGAGUGCCGCCGGGUGCGCUCGCAGUGCGCCCCAGCGCCACCUUUGCCGGCGCGGCGCUCUGGGCUGCACCCACCACCGGCCCUACUGAGCCCGCGCCACCCCCUGGGGUGCCCCCACGGAGCCCCAGCGCCCCCAGCGGCGCACCCACCCCCGGGCAGAACAACCUCAACCGACCAGGACCCCAGCGCACGACCAGCGUGAGCGCGCGCGCCUCCAUCCCACCUGGGGUGCCCGCACUUCCAGUGAAGAACUUGAAUGGUACCGGGCCGGUUCAUCCUGCCCUGGCAGGGAUGACCGGGAUCCUGCUAUGUGCGGCCGGGCUGCCUGUGUGCCUGACGCGGGCCCCCAAGCCCAUCCUGCACCCACCACCGGUGAACAAAAGUGAUGUCAGGCCGGUGCCCGGGGUGUCCGGCGUGUGCCGCAAGACCAAGAAGAAGCACCUCAAGAAGAGUAAGAACCCUGAGGACGUGGUUCGAAGGUACAUGCAGAAGGUUAAGAACCCACCUGAUGAGGACUGCACCAUCUGCAUGGAACGACUGGUCACCGCCUCUGGCUACGAGGGCGUCCUGCGGCACAAGGGCGUGCGGCCCGAGCUCGUGGGCCGCCUGGGCCGCUGUGGCCACGUGUAUCACCUGCUGUGCCUCGUGGCAAUGUACUCCAAUGGCAACAAGGAUGGCAGCCUGCAGUGCCCCACGUGCAAGGCCAUCUACGGGGAGAAAACAGGUACCCAGCCGCCUGGGAAGAUGGAGUUCCACCUCAUCCCACACUCGCUGCCCGGCUUUGCAGACACCCAGACCAUCCGCAUAGUGUACGACAUCCCCACAGGCAUCCAGGGCCCUGAGCACCCCAACCCCGGCAAGAAGUUCACGGCAAGAGGCUUCCCACGGCACUGCUAUCUACCCAACAACGAGAAGGGCCGGAAGGUGCUGCGGUUGCUCAUUACCGCCUGGGAGCGCAGACUAAUCUUCACUAUCGGCACGUCCAACACCACCGGCGAGUCGGACACCGUGGUGUGGAACGAGAUCCACCACAAGACCGAGUUUGGAUCCAACCUCACAGGCCACGGCUACCCAGAUGCCAGCUACCUAGACAACGUGCUGGCUGAGCUCACAGCCCAGGGUGUGUCCGAGGCUCCGGCCAAGGCCUGAGG